GGUAUUACGUGUUAAUGGAAAUUUGUAAACAAAAAAACUUUUUUAUGAUCAAAGUUUCAACACCAUGGGAAUGACAUGGAACUUUUGAUGAAAUUUAACACUAUAAAUCAUUUCUAUUACUAUCAUUUAGGCACACUAACGAAAUAGGCCGUUAAAACUCUCAUAUAAAAUAAUCAAAAGAUGCAAACUCAAAGAAGCAAAGUACUACAAGGACUGUCAGCAGCAUGGGCUUUCUUUUCUAUAAUCCCCAAAUUACACCUUAAUUUCUUAAUCCCCAAUAAUAAAAUUGAAAACCCUAACUUCUAAUUUCCCUUUAUUUUAUCGAUUAUCAAAAUUCUUACUAUUAUUUCUUUCCUAACUUCUCAAUUAGAAAAAAAAUGGAUACUAAUGAAGUGGGACCCAACAAUGGAAGAGAAUGAUAGUUAAUGGCCGGCAAAGCUGCUUACUGCCAGCCUUGUGAGGCCGGAGAAAAGGCAACACUUGUCAUACAUUCCCAAUCAUCAUGAAUCAUUAAUCACACAUUUGCUAUGAUAUUGUCAUUGGUAGCCCAUCAUUAUUUUAAAAAAAAAAAGAAAAUUUAAAUUUCACCAAUAAUUAUUUCAAAAAUUAAGAAGCCUUUAUUAUGGUUGACUUUCCUAUAACCACACUUCUUUCUUUAUUUUCCCGCAAAUUUAUCCAAGCCAAACAAAUUAAAAUAAACAAAAUAUUUUUCUUCUUCUUAGAAUCAUAAUAAUGGCGUCCCAUUUUAGUUUUUGACUUAUAUUAGGACAUUGUUAUGUGCUUACAUACACAUUUUCUUUUGAAAACAUAAAAAUUUUAUAAAGUUAGAUCAAACUUUGAUUUGAUUUGUUUCGUUAUUUGUCGUUCUGAAUGAGGAAAUUGUGUCCGAAUUUAGAAAAAGAAGAUGCCCUGGAGACGAUUUUGGAGGUACCGAUUCCGGAAGAGAUGUUCAACAAUUUGGGCAGCAAUGUAGCCUUACGUUGUCAGAAUAUGCAGUCAUGGAUGAAAGCUCAAACAUCAGAUAAAUGGUCAUCACCAGUUAUUCUUGGACGACUGAAUGAGCUUCGAUUCCUUCUUCACCAUAUUGGUUCACCACUUAUUCCUCUUCAGGUUCAUAUUGAUAAGAUUAGUCGUCCUGUUAGAGAUAAUUCCAUUCAAACAUCAACAGCAAAGUAUAUCGUACAACAAUACAUUGCAGCAACAGGAGGGCAAACAGCUAUAAGCUCCAUACAAAGUAUGUGUGUAAUAGGACAUACUAAGAUCGGCGCAACUGCAUUUCAUACGGGUGAUCAAGCUGUCAAGGGAAACAACACUGAUGCAACUGGGGGAUUUGUACUAUGGCAAAAGAAUCCAGACCUGUGGUGUUUGGAAUUUCUGGUUUCUGGCUGCAAAGUUUUCUCUGGAAGCAAUGGAAAGGUCUCAUGGAGGCAAUCAUCAAAUCAAGCUUCUAUUACUACUGGUCCUCCCAGACCCUUGCGUCGUUUCCUACAGGGCUUGGAUCCAAAGGCGACAGCUAACUUGUUCAUAGAUGCAACUUGUAUCGGUGAGAAAGUCAUCAACAAUGAGGAUUGCUUCAUCCUGAAGCUCGAGACAAGCCAAGCUUUACUCGAUGAACAAAGCGGGCCAAAAUAUGAGAUCAUCCAUCAUACUUUGUGGGGAUACUUCAGCCAAAGAUCUGGACUCCUCCUCCAGUUUGAAGACUCGAGGAUGCUCCGUUUAAAGAAUGAUGUCGACAAUGAUGAUGGAGACGGUGUAUUUUGGGAAACAAGUGCAGAGUCAGUGAUUGAAGAUUAUAGGUAUGUCGAGGGGAUUAAUAUCGCCCACAGUGGCAAAACUUCUGUUAGGGUGUUUCGGUAUGGGGAACAUUCAGCUAAUCAUCAAAGGGAGAUAGAAGAAACAUGGAAGAUUGAUGAAGUUGGUUUUAACAUUUGGGGUUUAAAUCAUGACUACUUCAUGCCACCAAGAGAUGUAGAAGUAGAGGUAGAGAUUUAAAUAACACCUUAGUCUUUGUAAUUGUGUUUGAUAAGAGUCUAAGAGAAGGCAUAUAAUUUUGGUCCAAACAUGUAUAUAUAGUGUUUGGAUUGGUAUGUAUCCAAUUUUGACUAUAUCUAUUGCUUCUUAUAGGUAAGGGGCUUAAGAAUUGACAUACAUGAAACAACCCGUUAUGAGAACGUCUCACGGUGAGACGACUUUAAAACAAAAAGCCCAAAAGAUAAAAGUUUUUAUUAUUAGUUUAUUUAACCCAAGCAUGAGACAUGUCUUGUGGCGAGACAGUCUCAUACAAGAAUUUGUGUAUAUGAACAAUUGAAUCAGCUUACAGGAUAGUAACCUCCUUGUGGCAGUGAAAAUCCGGUAGAUUUGAUGUUUUCAUGCCUUCUUUACUCAACUCAUCACAAACCUUGGUUGAACUCUUGUAAAUUUAAACUGAAACAUCAGCCAAUUCGAGCUUAUUGAGCCACGCCAAUGCCCACACACGAGUCACAUAUAACAUACUAUUUUUAGCUUAGCUUGGACUGAUAUCUCUACUAUUUAUAGCUCAAUACAUAAUCCAACAGGAGGCACCAUUACUAACAGCAUAGACAAUUAAAAACACCCCUAAAUUCUACCUAGCAUAGCGCAAGUAAGAGUAAUUUAUUAACCCAGAUCACUAAAACAUAAUUCUUUUGAAUUCGCAAUUCGCUUCAAAUGGUUAUAAAUAGCCUAAAACCGACUAUAAUUUGCAUUUUUCAAUUCACAUUCAGGACGCAUGAGUCAUAUAAUCUUCCAAUUUCCUCAAAAAUAUAUUCACCAAUAACUCGAAUUUAAUGAUAUCUAGAAUCAGCCCUAAAGUCUGCACAUCAGCAAGAAUUACAAACAUUUUUUUAUUAUGAAUUUUACUGAUCUUAUUGAUAUUAUCUAGUGAACAUACAUACACAAUUACAAUUUAGUCAAACAUAAAAUUACCCAAAACAUUGAUCGGUUGGGAGCGGACCUGGGAGGGAACCCUUCUGCAAGAACUCUAAUCCAAACACUACAAGAAUGGCGAGCAAGCACAAGUAUGAGAAACCUUCAACAGCACCAAGCAAACCAAAAGGACCAUUAGGAAGACCAGAACCCGUUUUAGCUUUAGUGUACAAAGACCAUCCUACAAUGGCAACCACCGCCAAAUAGCUAACACCCUCCAAGGCUCCAAUUGAACCACCGGGUCCAGGAGGGAGCCCACAACCAGUAGUUUUAAGAGUGUAGAGUGACCAAGCAAUGACGGGAGUAGAGAUCAAUCCUCCGGCUAUGGCUAUUGUCUGGACUAUUCCGCCGUCAGUCUCGUCGCUUGUGCCCUUCGCCAUUGAAACCACCUUGAGGGUUGAUGAAGAAAGCGGGAGAUUUCUUCUGUAGAUGCCAUUGUUAAGCUUUAUUGGGGUUUUGAGAGUACUAAUUGAUGGCGAUAACAACAUUGUUAACCAUACAACAGAAAAAGAGAGAAAAGGGAAGGAAAUGAGGGAGCGAACUUGAAUUCUUAUCUUAAGUUCACUAAACCGCUUAUUUGGAUUCGAUAGGAUGCGAAAAAACCU